AUGGUAGACCCAUCUGAUGUCGAAGGUAAGUCCAAAUAGUUUUACGUAUUCACUCAUGACAAUUAAGCCGCAAUUUAAUUUAUAUAUACAUUUUGAAAACAAUGGAAUAUGUUUCAUGUAAUCUAUUGCUAAUUUUCAACUCUCUCUAUUUUGAGGUUUAAGUCUGCUUUCCAGUUUUAGCCUAGACCUACAAUCGCGUGCAAAAAUAAUGAGACUCUUCACAUUUUGGUGAUCUUUUUCACGUGUAUGCCCCCCUCCCCCCAUUAACAAUGUUGAAAACAUAUUAUUAGAUGACCCUUGCCUCAAAAUUGUUUUAACAACAUUGGAAAAGGGGGAGGGGGGCAAGAACCACUUGUUAUAGGGGGCAGGGGACCAUUAAACUGCUUGUCUCAAUAAUUUUUGCACGCGAUUGUAGAUGAUGAUCCACCUGCAACAACGAUAAACCUAUCUGAGGUUCCACCCACAACGACGGUAAACCUAUCUGAGGUUCCACCUGCAACAACGAUAAACCUAUCUGGGGUUCCACCCAAAACAAUGGUAGACCCAUCUGAUGUCGAAGGUAAGUCCAAAUAG